AUGUCUGUGGCUCCAAAUCAAAUAAAUCCUCAACACAAAACAUCCUCAGAAACUCAGCCACAAGAAGAAUCAAAAACCUCCAAUUCCCACCCUACCAUGAAUACAGCUCUUCUAAACACUAUCUGCGACUCUGUAAUAGGCGAUCGCUAUAUGUUUACUACACCUUUCGGACAGCGUCCUCUAAUUUAUGCCGAUUACACAGCCUCAGGAAGGCCUCUUACCUUUAUCGAGGACUAUAUAAGAGACGUAAUAAUGCCAAACUACGCCAAUACCCAUACCUCCACAUCUUGGGUAGGCCUUCAGACCACCUUUUUCCGAAGUGAAGCCAGAUCAAUCAUAUCCCGAUGUGUCGGCGCCAGUGAUGAAGACGUCGUAAUUUUCUGUGGCAGCGGGUCCACAUCUUCUAUCAAUAAACUGGUAGAAGUCCUUAAAAAGACUGAAUGGGGCCACAAACAUUGCUAUUUCAAAGAAAAUCACCUUGGGAUUUAUGAGUGCACUCUAUGUGAAAUGUACUUUAAAACCCAGGGAAAUUUUCUGGAACAUACUUCUUCAGAAAUACACCAGGGAAAUUUGGCAAAAAGAGCAAAACAUAUCCCUCCAGACCCAUCCAAGCCAAUUGUAUUUAUUUCUGUGUUUGAGCACCACUCGAAUAUUUUACCAUGGAGAGAGGCUGGGGCUGAAGUAAUACAAAUCCCUGAAUGCAAACAAGGGAAAAUUGACUUAGAAUUUCUAGAAAAUGAGCUUAUUAAAUAUCAAGCUUUUCCUUGCAAGCUCGGCUCUUUUUCUGCAGCUUCUAAUGUGACAGGGAUCGUGAGUGAUGUAGAAGCCAUUGCGACCCUGCUCCACAAGUACAACGCCCUUGCCUUUUUUGACUAUGCAGCCGCAGCCCCAUAUGUGAAAAUUAACAUGAAUCCGCCUAUGAGUCCUCUAGACGCGAUUUUUAUUUCCCCUCACAAAUUCCCAGGAGGUCCAGGAACCCCUGGGAUGCUGGUAGUAAAAAAGCGUUUACUUGGAAAUGAUAUCCCAGUUUCGCCUGGUGGUGGGACUGUAUUUUAUGUCACAGAAAGAGACCAUACUUAUGUAUUAGACCCAGAAGCAAGAGAAGAAGGAGGGACUCCUGAUAUAAUUGGAGCCAUCAGAGCUGGCCUUGUAUUCCAGCUUAAAGAAGCUGUAGGUGUAGAAACCAUUGAGGCAAGAGAAUUUGAAAUUGCUAAAAAAAUAUUGGCAAGGCUGUCACAAAACCCUAAUAUUGCUCUGCUAGGGAAUUGUGAAAUCAAUCGAUUACCAAUUUUUUCGUUUUUAAUCAGAUGUGGGAACAGAUUUUUCCACCACAGCUUUAUGGCUGCACUGCUGAACGAUUUAUUUGGAAUUGAAUGCAGAGGUGGCUGCGCUUGUGCUGGGCCUUAUGCAUUUAAUUUAUUAAAUAUCGAAUACGAGCUUGCCAAAUCUUUUCAGGAAGUCUUAGCAGAUGGUUUUGACUUAUUCCGGCCUGGCUUUGUAAGGAUAAAUUUCAAUUAUUUUGCGACCGAAGAUACAAUUGAUUACAUUUUAGACGCCUUGGAAUUUGUAGCAGAAAAUGCUAUAUGGUUUUUGCCUCACUCCCCCCCCUUUAAAUUGGAACUAAAAAUUUUGUUUCCAAUUUAAAGGGGGGUUAAGAAAAUUUUUUUAAAAAAAAAAUCAUUAUAAAAUUUUUAUAAAAAAAAAAAUUCAAAAAUUUAUCGAAUUAGAUUAAUAAAUUUGUUUAAUAAAAUGCUAUUUACUCUUUAUCCUUAAAACAAAGCAAGAUAUGACUAAAAUUUUAUUAUUAAUAAUAUGCCACUAUUAAUUGGUAUCAAAACUAUUUACACAAAAAUUAUUAUUUUUAUUGAUAAAAAAAAAUUAAAAAAAAAAAAUUUUAGAAAAUUUAUUAAUCAAAGUGCUAAUUGUGUUUAAAUAAGAUGUUAUUUAUACUCUAUUCUUUAAAAUAAAGCAAGAGAUAAGUAAAUUUUGAAUUUCUGUAAAGAAUUUGUAUUGAAUUUAUAUCAAAGCUAUUUAAAUAAAAAAUAUCAUUUUUAUCAAAAAAAAUCAAUUUUUUUUUGAAAAUUUUUUUAAAAAAUUUAUAAUUAAGGAUAAUAAAUUUAUUUAAAUAAGAUGCUCUUUAUACUCUAUUCUUUAAACAGAGCAGGAUACAACUAAAUUUUUAAUUUUAGUUAAGAAGAAACAUUUAAAUUAUAUCAAAACUUUUUACAUAAAAAUUAUGAUUUAUAUAUAUAAAAUUUUUUUAUUAUAAAAUUAAAUUUUUGUUCCAAUUUAAAGGGGGGGAGUCAGUAUCAAUUUAUGAUGGACCGUGCUGCUUUUAUGCAUAGAGAAUUCACCAAAGAAGGCAGGAAAAAAAUCCGCAAAUGGCUCAGUGACAUUUCUUAUGAGUCUGGAAAAAUGCAUUACCAAAAAAUGGAUUUAACAAAAGAAAAAAAUUUACCUCACUCCCCCCUCCAUGAGUGAACAAAAACCAUUAGAAAAAUCGCUAUUUUUUGCCCAAAAACCCACCCUCCGUGAGUGAACAAAAAUUUUUUUAAUACAAAAAUUUUUUAUGGAAAAAAAAAUUGAUAUAUAAAUGAUAAUUAAUAUAAUGAAAUCUAGAGUUAAUUCUGUUUAAUUUUAAACGAAUUGCUAUUUAAAACAUAAAUUUUAUAAAUUAAAUUAAUAUUUGCUUUCCAAUUUUUGUGAAUUAGGAUUUUUUUAAAUUUCGAAAAAAAUAUUUUUUAAAUAAUUUAUAUAUAAAUUUUUUUAAAAAUAAAUUAACCCUCUCCGUGAGUGAACAAAAUUUUUUUGUUCACUCACGGAGGGGGGGGGAGUCAGUAUUUAGAAAUAGCUAGAGGAUUUUUGGCAGAAAUUAAAGAAAAAAGAUAUGAAGGCUGCAAUUAUGCUGAGGAUGCUUUUGUGAUCCCAGACGAUAAAGAAGAAUUAAGGUGGUUUGUGCUGCCGAUUGAAGCUUUUGAUUAUGUCCAGGGGAGAGAACAUGAUUUAUUUACGGCUGCUUGUCCUUUUGCACCGAAAAAUUAUAUAUCAAGAUUUGAAGCUUCUGGAGAGCUAGAAUCUGCUUUACAAGAAGUGACUGUUGAUGAAGAAAUUUAA